UCGCUUCCUUUCCUCUUCCCCCUUCCCCUUCUUCCGAUUUCAAAAUUCGAGCCCCCUCUCCUCCACCCAAAACCCUACCCGCAUCGCUCCCUGCAGGGCCCAGCUCGCCGCCACCGCCGCGUCCUCCAUGCCGCCAACUUUCGCCACCGGCUCCGGUAAAGGCCUCCGCCGCCGCCAUGACGUCAGCUUUGCACCACCAGCUUCUCCGAUCCUCUCUUCCACCCCCCCCCCCCCCCCCCAAACGCUCCCCCUUGUGCUCGUGCCCCUCGCGUGGCGCUCAGCCAGCCCACGCGCGCGCUCGCCCCGGGAUGGCUGCGGGGACGGCGGCGGCGGCGGCGGCGAGCUCCAUGAGCCCCCAAGCCGGGAGCGCGACGCGCGCGGCGCACGGGACGGGGGAGCGCUCGGCUCUGCCGCGGUAUGUACGAGCGAGAGAAGCAAGCAAGCACGGGACGGGGGCUCCUUCGCCGGGAGGAGGGAAAGGCAGAGGCGGGACGGGAAUGCGGUCCGCCCAAGAACUCGCCAGCGCUUGCACGGGCGCGGCCGUGGAAGAAGUAGAACUGCUUCGCGUCGUCGAGGCGAACGCAAGGGACGGCAUGGGAGGCAGCCGCGGGGAGAGCUCUUCCGCGCCUCCACCGCCUCCUCGGUCAAGAGUGCUCAGGCAGGGAGGGCUCGAGGAAGAAUACGCCAAGAACUCCCCCUCCCCUCUCGGAUUCGCACCAAGACUCAUCCGCCACGACAGACAGACAUCGUACGAACUUGCAAGCACGUCAAGACCACCAGCACCUGAGAUGGGAGAACCACUUCGUAUCAUCACAAAGAAAGCAAUGAGCGAGAAAAACAGGGCUUACACAGGAGGCAAUCAAGGUAGAUCCUCCUCUGCCCUGCUACCACAAUCAAGAUUCUGGCAAGGGAUGUGCGAGGAAGCCAAGAAGGUUCUUGGCAUCGCUAAGUACUCUUCCUCCCCCUCAAGAUUGGCUGCAAGAAUCCUUUGUGACAAGCAGGUGUUGCCUGAAUCUGCAGGCACAUCAAGGCCAGUGCUAGAGUUUGUGGAUGAAUCAUACCAGCAGUGGUUAUGUUCUCAAAAAAGCACUAGCUUAGUCGCUGACGUGAUUGCUGCAGUGUACCAUGAUCAGUCUGUCCUUUCUCCAUCUGCCUCUACUGGAACACUGUCCAGCCUGUUGGUACCUUCAGAGGAAAAAAUUCAAGCUAUCCUAGGAAACUUAGGGAAAUCGGUGUUGUGUACAGAGGCUUUGCACCAGAUUCGGAUACUCUGCGAUUCCAGUAAGGGAGCACAAUCUUUCCUCAACAAGUGCCCAGACAUGAUACAAGUGUUGAUAGAUCUAACUACGGAAUGGAAAUCGAUAUGGACAUGGGCUCUUGAGGAAGAGAGGCUGAGCAUUGUCCUUAGUUUGUCAAUUCACAGGCCAAACAGGGAGAGGAUAGCUGCGCAGAAAAAAUUGCCAUGUUUCCUCAAACAGACUGUUGAAGUGGCAAUUGAGUCUGGUGCUAGUGCAGCAGCAUCUUUGGUGAAGGUAGCUUCUAUAGUUUCCAUCCUGUCAGAGUUUGACAUGUUCAGGAAAAGUGUGCUGGAUAUUGGUGUAGUGACACUGUUGUGUAAUCUGCUCAACUUUGAGAACGACGCUGUAAGAAAAGAAGCUGCCAUUGCUGUUCUUGCACUCUGCGGAUAUAUUGGAAACAACAUGGUCACUGAUGAUGUCCUGCUUCUCCUUGACUAUCUGCCAAAAGGUCCAUGUGUGCUGGAGGUGAUCUGCAAUCAGACUGUAGUUGAGCAGUUGGUUAACAUUGUUAUGGCUGAACAUGAAAGUGGGCUGGUAACAUCUCAAGGCAUUUACUCUGCACUUUCCUUGAUUCUGGUCAUUACUCAGAAUGAUGUGAGUAAAAUGAAGGUGGAGCACAUGGAGAAUUUUAUGAAGUGGUUGCGAGAGCUGUCCUCAAAUGAAUUGCCAAUGCAGACAAUGUUUCAGCUGAUUGAAAUAAUAAGCCUUUUGUCACAAAGGUUGUAUUCUCAUAAGCCUAAGGAAUUUGUUGUUAAGUGGCGGGAUGAUGAUGAUCAGAUUUGGUACCCUUUAUAUGCCGAAGUUACCAUUGGUCGGCCUAUCUCAACAAGCAAAGUGGCAAGGAGAAGAGAAUGGACUGACAUAAGGAUAGUUCGUAGGUUGAGGCCUCUCAGAGCUCAAGAGAAAAUGCUGACAAAGCUCGAGUUUUGUGACCGGUAUCAAAACUACAUACAAGGGAAAAAUACAUACAAGCAACUGUACAGGGUUGCCAUGGACUGCAAUGGUUCCAAAAUUGCUCCGCUGUCCUUUGUCAGGAAAAAUCAUGCAGUACCCGGUGAUAAUUGCAACCGGCCAGACUUUUGAACGAGUCUACAUCAAAGAGUGGUUUACCCUGCAUGGGCAUGUCUGUCCAAUCACUCAAGAGCCUGUUUAUCAAUUGUUCUAAGGAAUCACAGAUUACGUGAUUAUUUGGAAUAUUGGCGGGAUUCAGUCCAAAUGGUAACAUCCAAGGUCACGACAUGAUGAAGGGUGUCUUGACUUUCCAAAGGCUACUAUUACUUGUGCAGAGUGUUGCUGCUAUGUAAAAAGACAAGAAUGUAAUUGAAUUCAUAUUUUCAGUGUUGAUUUUUUUCCCAUUGACAUGUCCAGUUGACCAUGGUGUUUUUUUAAUAUUUUUUUUAAUAUUGUAUUGUGUAUAUGUUAGAUUGGUUAAUAAAAAUCAACGUAAUGGAGGGUUACAAAUGCACAUGAUAUGCAUGGA